GUAUCUCUGUAAUGUGUAUAUAUCACAUUAUGCGAUUUCUUAUCUCGCAACACUUGUCUCUGAUCUUUUUUCUCUAAGCGUAUGAUUGUAUAUUUAUUUCAUUUUGUGAACAAAGUGCAACGUGUAUAACACAAAUGAAAGUAGAUUUAUUAACAUUGCUAUUACACAGCGAUGGUAGUGGCUACGUUUCUGUAUACGUAACGAUCGUGUUGUUACUAUUGCUAUGUAUGCGACAUUGUGAACUUAUGUGCGCCAAAGAAAAUAUUAUUUCGUACAGUGUAUGUUUGUGACUGGUUGAAGAAAAAAAUAAAACUCAUUUUACGGAUAUAUUGAUAUAUCACUUGCAAUAAUUACGAUUAAUCGUAAUUACGAAGGUCAUGUUAAACUGAAAUCAUAAAAAUCAUGUUUGCCAGUGAUCUUGAUGUUUAUGAAGAGUUUGUGUGCAAUGAGGCAACUGGAAAGUCUAAUUUUAUACAGGAACAAUCAACGCAAUGUCCUAUCUUGUCAAAACGGGAACGUAUUGGAGAAAGUCUGGUUGUGGGUGAAGAGAUAGUUGUUGGUAAUGAGCAUUUAUUCGAUGGAACUGAUUGUCAAGAAACAGAUACAGCUAUGUAUUUUAAUCAUGACUUGGAGGAUUGCAAUAAAAUAGGCAUUGAAUAUGAAGAAUCCAAUGCUUCCAUACCAUUAACAGAAAGUUCAAUUGUUGACAACAAUUGGGAUUGUGAAGAUGUUGAUGUGCCUUCGUUAAAAGAGAACGAGUUUGAUAAUAUCUACGACGAGCAAGACGGCGACGAGGAAACUAUUGCCACUUUCGUUACUGCAACUGGGCAACAGUUGGCUCUGUAUGCUGUGGAAGACUCAGAUGAGAUAUAUGCCGUGGCUCUGUACGACGAAUCCGGCGAGCCUCCAACUAAUUUUCAAUUUCUCAUGAAAGCAGAUGUGGAACGUCUUAUAGGAGAGGGAGCCGUGAGAACGGUGAAGAAACCGAUGCAGAUGAAAAAACGAUUAUUGACUACUCAGUCUUCGGUGUUUCUUCAGAAGGAAGAUUUUGAGGAAAUGGUGGAACAAGCCCAGGCAGACGCGAAAAACGAUAUUACUGCUCUGAACAUGAUCGAUAACGACGAUAUAGAUCAGCAAGAAAGCUACGAAACGGGAUAUGACUAUAAGCAGAGUUCUCAUCAAACCUACAAUGAUUCUGCCACAAUUUCUUCAACGUCCAACGACAUUAUUUAUAAUACACCUGACAACAAGCAGUCCGACAUCACCACGUAUCUCUUGAUGAAUGAUUGCCCCGUGGAUAUUGCAGACACAACGGAUGAGAGUCAAGACAUCGAGAGUCGUGAGACCGAGGAGAACGAAGAACCGAUGAAGCGCACCACCGUACAAUACAUUCUGUUCGAUGAGGACCAGUCAGACUCGGAACUCACGUUCGACGAGAUUCAGAAGACAUUGGAGAAUCAAGUAAGAAAGCCUUGCCGAAGGUUGAGAGAUACAUCCGCGGAUAGUGAACGAUCAGACAGCAAGUCGCAGGACGAUUACUCAUGUAUCAAACGGGAGAUUAUGCGUGAGUCCUCGAUGGGGAUCAAUUCAUCGUUAGAGAUGGAUAUCACUCACCAGGAUGAACAAUUUACAUCCUUUACCGCGCUGACACCAUCGGAAAACGAAUCGGACGAUCGACAACGAUUAAUCGACACAUUGACCGGUUCGCCGACGACGGAGAAAACGCAGCCACGCUUGAAGCGGUCACGCAAGCAGCAGCUGACAUCAAUGAAUCGGGAUGAUGGCGAAAUAAUCAUCCAGCCGGCGUCGAUGCUGAGCGAGGAGGAGUUAACUGGCAAGAAACGGGGCAGGCGGCGACGUCCCAGACUGCCUCAAGUUCGUAUUGAGUACGGGCACGCAUCUUCUAAGAAAAUCAAACGGAAUAGACGACAGAAGGUUGUGGAAGUUAUUGACCUGGAUGUCGACGAGGAGGACCAGCAAAAGAGGAACGUGGUCGAGAUUACUUUGGACGACAGCAAAGACGAUAACAAAUAUUCCAGCGAUAAGGAAAAUGAGAUUAUCAUGGUGAGGGACUCGGACUCAGACGACGAAGAGGAGGAUGACGAAGAAGGAAAAGAGGAGGAGGAGGAGGAGGAGGAGGAGGAAGGGGAGGGGGAGGGGGGCAAGAAACUGUCUGACGAUUUGACCAAGCUUACUGACAUGAUGCAGUGCAAGCAUUGCUCAAGGAAUUUCCGUCAACGACGCGCUCUUGAAACACAUCUUAGAGUAUGCCAGAAAUCACCAGAGAACGCUAUCAGACUUAAGAAGAGGAAAGCAAAGAACAAGAGGGAGCAGAUCAGAAAGCAGUACACCUGCAAGAUCUGCCAAGAGAAAUUUGACGUAGUGGUCGCCCUAGCACGUCACGUCCGCGCAGAGCAUCCGCAAAGGAAGAAGCAUAGAUGGGGACCUGCGUCACAAAAGACUCAAGAUAAAUCUUCAAGAUCGGUCCAACACAAGCAACAGGAGCAGGAGGAAGAAGAUGCUGAUGCAGAAGAAGAUGAUGAAGACGAGGAAGAAGAACUGUCCGAUGGCGACGACACGGGAAAAGGAGAACUUCACGUACUUGGCAAAGUAAAAAGAAAACAAAAGGGCGAAGAAGACUGCUCGUGGGAAGCGAAAAAAUUCGAGUGUGACGAUUGCAGUAGAUGCUUCUCAAGUUCUGCACUGUUGGAUGCGCACAGUCUAAAGCAUGAUACUAGGAAGUCUGUUGCGGAGCCACGAGUGCAUAAAUGCCACAUUUGCAAGAAGAUCAUGAAGUCUAAGUUGUUAUUGAUACGACACAUCAAGUUGCACAGCAUACGAUACAAUACUGAUUCGGGACCGUCGCAGAUGCUGCGAAGGAGACUACGUACUCGGCCAAGUGCACGCAUCAAGUCCCUCAGGAAGCGGGGUCGGCCGAGGAAGUUCUGAUCUUUCCUUUCGCGUCAGCGGCAUAUGUAAUAUUAUAUUCUGACGCACGAAACUUGUUUAACCUGUUUAAAAUUCUUCAGAUGUCUUCAGAUCUACUUCUCGCGCGAGCAUUAGCGUUAGUAUUAGCAGUCUUGAUUAGCGUUAAUGUAAAUAAUCGCGAGCCAUACAUCCCUUGUUACAUAUCCUCCUCGCGUGUUGUCCGUUUAAAGUCAUUCGUCGACAAAUGGAGGAACUCUGGUUAUUUGUUGAAGCAAUGAUAUGCGAUUGACUUGUUAUGAAAAAAGGUCGCUUGAUAAGUUGGAGAUGAUAAAAUUUAAAUUCCGACUUCCUACUUCAGAAGAAAAUCUUGUUACGGUUGUAUUUUGAGUUAUGUAAGAUAUACUCCCAUAGAGGGAAGCCAGAGUGAAAAAUUUUAUGAAUCUCCGAUCAAUUCUGAUCGCGCUGUAACAUCGCAGAUCUCUGUAAAUAGGGCGAUACUAUAGAUUCGUUACAAAUUUUAUCAGCGAUCUGAACGUGUAUAUAUACUUAUUAAGUGAGGUGCGCUGAUAAUGAAAGUGAUGCCUCUCUCUCUUAUACAGGCAUUACGUCAUCUAUUGUAUUCGCCCCUAUUUUCUUGUCACACGCAAUAAAAUAUGAGAAAAACUACA